UAUCCACCGUUGCUUUUGGCGCGGGGAGUUAUCCCCGUCGGGCUCUGCACGCCGCCUUGCUCCGUUCCGGCGCCGCCGCUCACCGCUCCGUCCCAAUGCCGCCGCUCGCCGCUCCAUCCCAGUUCCGCCGCUCGUCUCGCUCCUCCCCGGUGCUGCACCAUACACCAGAUCGUGAGCCUGCUCACCUGAAUCGACCUCUUCCCAAAUGAAAUCGAUCUUCUUGUGCUUGCGCUUGCUUCUCCCUACGUCUCCCGGUGGGUAGCGGAAGAGAACCAGCUCCUCGCCGUCGAGGCCGGGGCUCAAUCCCCUAGGCCCUGGUUGCAGCCAGCGCUCGUCGGGUCGGGCGUCCAGGACACGUCCUGCUCGUCAAUUCGCACAUGGAAGUGCAGGCACGAAGACGGACAGGGAGGCCACGCUCGCCGGAUUCCUUGACGCAGCAUAGGAGUCAGACCUCCACCAAUCGCCAGGGCCCAGCGCCCCUGAUCUCCUCCCAGCAGUACGAGGAACGAUGAGUUCACUUCUUGAUUUGUUUUUUGACGAUGAGUCCGAUGAGUCUGAUGAUGACUUCGAGAUGGCAGCAGUUUUGAUUGCUGAGAUGGAGGAGAUGGAGAGGAAUGAGCGGCCCAAGCGUGGUGGUUCCGUGCCAGGGCGUGAAGUGGUUCAUCGGAACAAGCAGCAAGGCCAUGAUAAGCUAUUUGAUUAUUACUUUGCAGAUAACCCUGUGUUUGGUCCGGUUACUUUCAGGCGACGGUUCAGAAUGUCUAAGCAGCUAUUCUUGCGAAUUGCAGCCGCUGUGGAGGCUCAUUGUCCAUACUUCCAGCAGACAAGGAAUGCUUCUGGGGACCUUGGACAUAGUUCUCUUAAGAAGAUUACUGCAGCACUGCGCAUGCUCGCUUAUGGUGUCCCUGCUGAUUCUCUUGAUGAUUGGCUUCAUAUUGCAGAAAGCACCAUUAUUCUGAGUUUGAAGAAGUUUAUGAAAGCAGUGAUUGAAAUCUUUGGGGAGCGAUACUUGUGAGCACCAGAUGCAGAGGACACUGCAAGACUUAUGCAAAUGGGUGAAGCCAGGGGGUUCCCAGGUAUGCUUGGAUGCAUCGAUUGCAUGAACUGGAAGUGGAAAAAUUGCCCCGCAGCAUGGCAUGGGCAGUUCACUGGGCAUUGUCAUGACCCAACGAUUAUUCUUGAAGCUGUUUCAUCAUAUGAUCUAUGGAUUUGGCAUCCAUACUUUGGGUUGCCUGGCUCUCACAAUGACAUUAACGUCCUGCAAAGAUCCCAUUUGUUUGCACGGCUAGCUGCUGGCGAUGCUCCUCCAGUGAACUUUGAAGUCAAUGGCCAUCACUACACAAUGGGGUACUAUCUUGCAUAUGGCAUAUAUCCUUCAUGGUCCACAUUUGUCAAGAUAAUAAGAAACCCUCAGGGUAACAAGACAGUGCACUUUGCCUGUCACACCCGGUUUAAGAAGGAAAACCGAAUGCAUCUCAUAUGUGCACUAGAAUCAAGUUUACACACAUACGAUAGACUAUAAAGCGAAUAUCAUCACAAAUGCA